UUGGGAUUAAGUGAAGAAAUUUGUGAAAAUAUGAUCAAUAAAACGAUCAAUAACAUAAACUGCGCAUCGAUAGAAGAAGUCACCACCGUCAUGGAUAAUAUGACGACAUCAUUGACAACAUCAACGACGCCCGAUCCUAUAAAACAACUAACGAUUGAUGUAUGCAAAGCGGAAACCGAAUCACAAAAACUUCUUUCGGUUGUGUUUGGCUUACGAUCACCAAUAGCUGCAAUCUUUCCAUUAAUUAUUGUGUUGUUUGCCGGUGGAUGGAGCGAUAAAAAAGGAAUAAGAAAACCACUUGUGCUUUUUCCAAUCCUUGGUGAAUUAAUUGGAUCAUUGAUUUUGUUGUUAAGUUCAAUAUUUAUGAAUGAAAUUCCAAUGGAAGUUCCGGCCUUCUCUGAACGUGUCUUUCCUUCGCUCUUCGGAGGUCAAACGUUAAUGUUAAUGGGAAUUUAUUCUUACCUGACAGGAGUGACGACAGAAGAGAACAGAACAUUUAGAUUCGGUUGUUUCACUGUCUUCUUUACAUUGAUUCCAAUAUCAAGUAUUCCGUGGUCAGGGUUCCUGUUUAAUGCCUUGGGCUACACAAAACUCUUCGCUUUGUGUGUACUCAUCUAUGUUUUGGGAAUCCUUUACAUCAUCUUUGUGUUACAAGAAGUUAAAGUGGUGCCUGCCGCUGUUGUGGAAGUAAAAGAGAAGUCGACACAAGAAGGAAUUGAAAAUCCAGCUUUUGAUGCUGAUGGAAAUCAAGUUAAAUUGAGUAACGAGGCUAAUAAAGAUGCUGUUGAAGAAGCAACUGGUGAAGUAUUGAAAAAAGGAUUCUUUAGAGAAUUCUUUGAUCCCACUUUAGCAAUGGCCUUGGUUGAAGUUGUGUUCAAGAAGCUUCUCGGUAUCUCUGACCCGAUGAUUGGAAUAAUUUCAACAAUUUUCACACUCAUAUCAAAACCAAUUUAUGCUUUUGCUACAACAACUUUAAUGUUUUAUACUGGAACGACGGUUGAUCUGUUCUUAUCUACAAAAGCUGUUGCGAUCAAAAGCAUAAUCUCUAAAAUAAUACCAUCUACAGAACUUGGACGAAUGUUUAGCGUUUUAGGCAUUAUAGAAUCAGUUGAUACUUUCAUCUUUCCCAGCAUUUAUUCUUUCGUUUAUCUUAAAACCGUUGAGAUUUUCCUCGGUGCAAUAUAUUUUCUCAGUGAAUUUUUCUUUGUCCUAACUUUGUUAAUGUUUAUUGCCAUUUAUUUAAUUUUAAGAGACAAUGAAAAGAAGAAUGGCGAUGAAGAGAUGAUGGAAAGAUAUAAAAAAAAUCCAGAUUUAUUUGAAGUUACAAAUCUUUAGUUAUUAAAUUUAAAAUAAAAUGAAAUCCAUUUUACUAUUUUUCUUAAGGAAAGUCGAUGAAUAGAUAUCAAAAAAAAAAUAUUUGGUAUGUUUUAAUGUUUAGCGGCCAUUAACAUAGAAAUGUCUUGAAUAACUACUUUAUACAUGUAUGCUUAUAACUUAAUUUUUUUACACAAAAAAGAAAAUAAUAAAAAAUAUUAACUAAAUAAAUAAAUAUUAAAA